GGGGAAGGGGGAGGCUCCUCUGGGGCCCGCUCGUCUCAAGCUCCGCUCGUCUGCGCAAGCCUGCCGCCGAGAGUCCCCGCGGCGGCGCUGCUCCAGGGAGGCCGGAGCCCGCAGGCGCGACUCGCCGCGAGAGACCCUUGGAGUCGUCGAGGGCCGGCCUCCCCUGGAGCCUGGGAGGAGCCAGACAUAGGUGGGCGAGACUCGUGCAUCUGCACCCGCGGCGAGUGCGCUGGACGGUUCGGGUCACUCUUACGUCGGGACGAACGGGGAUUCCCGGGGUCGGGAAUCUGCACCGGCACCCUCGCGUCGUGAAAGGAAGUGCAUCCGGAUUGCCGGUCGGGUCUGACGGCCGAUGAACGCAUAGCCACUCGGUCGCGGCGCAGGCCAUCCACCCCGCCGACUCCACGAGGCAGAGGACACGCCAUCGAACAAUCAGUGGUCCCUGCCCGACGCCCCCGCCGCAGAGCGCAGAGCUGAGAGCGUGGAGCUUCCCUUCGGCUUCGUUGAGCCGGCAAGGCUUCGGGGCUCCGGCUCGGGGUGAAACGGCGCGCCUGCGCCCGAGCGGGCGCCAGGUCGAUCUCCGAGCCGCCCGGCCGCCCUCCGCUCGGGCCCUCACUUCUUCGGCUUCGGCCUCUCGGGGGCGGGCGCCACGCCUGCAGCCGCUGCCGCGUCCACCGCCGCGCCCGCCCGCGCCGCGGCAGGCGCGAGCGGGCCCGCGGGCCGU